UAUCUUUUUUAUUUCUUUGUUUUUAAUUUCUAAAAUAUUUUUUCUCAGUGUCUUCUCACCAAUUGCCAUUGACGCGACAAAGCUUUCAAAUCCAACAAUCCCCAAAAAAAAAGUUCCUAAUAAAAUAUUCCAAACACUCCCUUAAAUACAAACUCUUUACGCGUUUAUCUUUUCCUCUUUCGUCUUUCUUCUUCUCUAUAAACCCUAGCUUUAAUUUCUCUCUCCGCGUAAGAUUCAUUCAUUCAUAUUUCAUAUUAUGGAUGAUGAUAAGGAUAAGGUUGAUGAUUCAUUACCUGGUGGUGGUGGUGCUGCAGCUGAGUUCGCUGGCGCAGCUACUGAAUCGAGCUGGUCACUCGGUGGUGAUGAUGAAUCGGACAAUGUUUAUUUCUUCGGUACUAGUAGUACUGAUAGAGAUAGCAGUAUAUUGACUGAAUUCGGUUGGAAUUUUCAGCCGCCCGGAGAUAGGGAUCGAGGUGGUGGAUUUGAUCGGAUCGAUGAGGAUUUGGCGGGAAACAGUACUACUACUACUACUACUGCAUCUGCAUCUGCUUCUGCUUCUGUUACUGAACCGAAGUCGGCGGGGAAAAUCACCGAUGAACCUGUUUCAUCUAGCUGUUCUGAUGAUCCGCCGGAGAAAUCAACCGCUUCCGGUGGCUCCUCCGCUUCCCGACCGCCGUCCGAUACAGCAAGCAAGGUUAAAAAGAAGGGUCAGAAACGAAUCAGGCAGCCCCGCUUUGCAUUUAUGACCAAAAGUGAAGUUGAUCAUCUUGAAGAUGGCUAUAGAUGGAGGAAGUAUGGCCAAAAAGCUGUUAAAAAUAGUCCAUUUCCAAGGAGUUACUAUCGUUGUACAAAUACAAAGUGCACAGUAAAGAAAAGAGUAGAGCGAUCUUCUGAAGAUUCGACAAUUGUAAUCACAACAUAUGAAGGACAACACUGUCACCAUACAGUUGGUUUUCCUAGAGGUGGACUUAUGAAUCACGAAGCAUUUACAUCUCAAUUAACACCUUUACCCUCACAAUUUUACCAUCCACCCGGUGUUCAAUACUCUCAUGAAUUAGUAGUUUCUAUGAGUCCUGCUGCUCCAGAAUCGCGUACAAUGACAGGUGAAACCGGACCCGAAGCUCGUAGAUUGCCAGAUACAAGUCAACCAGAUGGUACACAACAGCCAACUGAUGAAGGAUUGCUUGGAGAUAUUGUACCUCCUGGGAUGCGAAGCAGAUGAUAUAAAAGGAUUUUGGUAUCUGUGACAAAAUGGCUAAACUAGCUAGUAGAUAAGAGGGCGGCCCUAUAGUUAGUAAGUAGCGUCUGUCCAAAAGAAUGACAAUCAAAGAUUAAGAGGGGACCCUAUAUUUAUAAUGAAGUAAUGAGGUGCGUUGAGAACUACAAAUUGUCAGGUUCAAAUUCUAGUGUAGGCUAUAUGCAUAAUGUGAUUUCUUCUCAUUUGUUUAAACGUUGGUGUAUGGAACUUUUUGAUACCUAUGCUUGUGGGAGAUAACAAGUUGAUAAAUAAAUGAACUUUAAGCAUAACUCAACCCCAAAAGCUAGUUCAUGAGGACAUACAAGAAGUCCAUGUUCCCAUCCCUUAGCUGAUGUGGGACACCAGGUCACUCCCCCCACCUCCCGGUGCAUGCCAAGACUGGAUAUCUAGAUCGUGAACAAUAUAAGACAGAGGGCCCUACAUCAGAAACAAUAAAUUGGGAUGGGCUUGAAUAUAAAAUCAUGAUAAAAAUCAUAUAUCUUGAGCAUAACUCAACCCCAAAAACCUAGCUAAUGAGAAGAGGAUAGCCUAAGAUCAUAUAAGAAGUCCAUGUUCUCAUCCCUUAAUGACAUUUUUCUUGUAACUACAAAAAUCAUGUCCCAAAAUUCCUUUUAAAAAAUAACUUAGAUGUUCAGUUAAAUACCUUCAUAUAAAAUGAAACGAAGGAAGCAACUUUUGUUAGUGGGGUUUGGGUCUGACAAGAACCGUACUUCAAUUUGGCCAUAGGGUUUAAGAAUCAGAGACCAAGUAAGGUGGCAAUGGCGCUCCCUUUAGCUAGCUCUAGCUAGCAUGCCAAAUAAUUAAAGGCAAAUCUUGCUUUGGUUGGUUUUGCUUUUGUUGAGUUGAUCUUACACAUCUCAUGCAAAGCAUGCAUAAGUUCAUAGAAUAAGUCACGCCUGUCUGCGUAAAUAGAAGCAUAUUUUGAAGAUGUGUGGUCCUACAUGAUCAGGCUUCCAAUUGUUUUAAAGAUAUUAUGCAAAUAUUCUUGCAGAUUUUGUGUAUGUAUUUAACGUGUGAUCAUACAGUUAAGAUAUGCUUCAAAUAUUCUCAUUUUUAUUUCUUGCUUCCUACUAAUUUUCUUGGACAUGUAAAGAAAGGGUAUUACAUGUAGCAUCUGGGGUGGGCAUAAAUAUUGAACAAUCGAAAAAUCAAAUCGAAUCGAAUUAAUUCGGUCUUUUGGUGUCGGUUUUUCGAUUUUUUGGUUUGGUAUCGAUUCUUUUUUUUGGAAACUUCGAUUUCAAUUCGGUAUUCGGUGUAAAGGUCACGAAAUCAUGGUGCAUUGAAGAGUCGAAGUUUUAUUAAAUAAAUUUAAAGUAAUAUUUAAAUUAUAUUACUUAUAUAUUUUUGACUCAAAAUAUUUUAAUUUUUAUUCGUAAUUCUAUUAUUUUUUUUACUUGUUGAUUUCUUGGUAAUUCUUGGUACUAAACUUAAUAACACACAAUGGCUCUUCGGUCACUAAUAAGUAGUCUGGUGCAACUAAGGUGUUGCUUUUUUUUUGCAGCUAAGGUGGUAAUUCUUGAUUUCUUUUUCCCCCUGUUGAUUUCUUGCUUAACAUUUUCUUGCUGUUGUUCUUUUUUUCCUGUUGGUUCUUUUAGGAAUUAUGCAAGAAGAAAAAUGCAGAAUAAUAAAUCAACACAAGAAUUUUUUACAUCGAAAAAUUAUUUUUAAAAUAUCGAAAUAAAUCGAACCGAAGUUGAAAAAAUCAAACUGAACCGAUCUAGUUUGGUUUGAAAUAUGGUGCACACUUUUUCAAAAUCGAACACCGAAGAACAGAACCGAAUUUUAGCAAAACCAAAUUGAAGAACUGAACGCCCACCCCAUCUGCUUGAUAUAUCCAUUUUAAUUUAUUUGUUUGAUUUUGAUUUGGCAAGGAAUUUAAUAAAGUAAAUAACACUUUUGAAUCUUGUUUUUCUUAAACUAAAGAGUGUAGAAUGUACCAAAAUGCAUUUUAAUCUUGGAGUCUUAAACAUAUCAUCGGGUAGAAAGUUGGAAUUAACAACUGACUAAAAAAGGAGAAAGACAUUAUUUUUUACGGACUAAAAAAAGAAAGUAUGACAAAUAAAUGAAAUGGAGGGGUAGUUUUUAUGUUGCUUGAACUUUUUAAAAAUGUUAUCGGAUUCGUGUUUGAUCUUCUAAAAGUAGUGAUUUUUUUUAAAGAUUCGACACAAAUACGACAGCAUUUUUUAGAGAGGACGAAUGACAAAGCUUGAUUAGUUUAACAUAUUGGAUUUCGGAUAGGGAAUUAAAAUCGAUGAAUGUGAAUGGUCCUUGACAAAUGUAUUCUUGUUUUUCAUCGUGAUUCAGAAUUUAUAUUUAAUGAGUUCAACCUCUAUUUAUUGAAAAUGUUGUAUAUUUUGUAAUUUUGAGUUUUGAAUCUAAUGUAUUUUUACAUUUUUGAUGAUUUUUCUCCUCCUAAAACA